AUCCUGACGGAAGAUGACGUCUACUGCAGCUGCCUCUCCAAGACUCUGUGCCACGUGUCCACGCCCGUCACCGUGGGCUUCUAUGCCCCCUUCGGCUGCCGCCUGCACCUGAUGCUCGACAAGAUCACCGCACUAAUGCAGCAGGAGGCGGCGAAGCGAGAGGCAGAGGAGCUGCAGCGGGUGCAGCGGAAGCCACGGGAGGCGUGGGGCUGGGCCUUCCCGUCGCUGCUGUGGCACCUGGUGUUCUACCAGCCCGUGGUAACCGAGAUGCACCUGCGCUGCAAGAUCGUGCGCUUCGUCUUCAUCCGCUUCAGUGCCUGGCAGUACGCGGGCAGCGACAAGCUGUGGGCCGGGCUGGUGACCACGCUGUGCGAGGGGAUCCGCAGCCAUUACGGGGCACUGCCCCUCAGCUUCUACACCGUUCUGGGCCAGCGGCCGGUCUUCGCCAAGGGCUUCCGCCAGCGCGAGUGGCUUUGCCGCCGCAAGGUCGGCCUGGUCCUGCUGGGGCUGCUGGCCGUGCUGGUCGUGGGCAUCGCACUGCUCUACCUGUCGUUGUGCCAGCCCGCCCAGGGCAUCAGGGCCAGCGGUGGCCUGCUGAAGGUCCUGGGCGGCACCGCCACCACCCUGUCGGGCUCGGGGCUGCUCAUGACGGUGCUGUCACUGGGCAAGAACCUCCUGGUGAGCCAGAAGCAGAAGAUCGAGCGGCUUCUGAGCCGCGAACGCUUCGGCAGCCACCUGGGCUUCAUGUGCGAGGUGAAGAAGGAAGUGGAGCUGCUCACGAACUUCGUGGCCUUCAUGGAGAUCUUCCAGCGCCACAAGCUGCGCAUCGUGUUGGAGAUCACUAGCCUGGACACCUGCUGCCCCGAGCGCGUCGUGGGCGUCCUCAACGCCAUCAACACGCUGCUGUCCGACUGCCACGCGCCCUUCAUCUUCAUCCUGGUGGUCGACCCCAGCAUCCUGGUCACCUGCCUCGAGAGCUCGGGCACCAUGAGGGGCACGGCCGACAACGGUUACCUCUUCCUCAACCGCAUCGUCACGCUGCCCUUCUCCGUGCCCGUCAUGGGCCGCCGGGCCAAGCUGCGCUUCCUGCAGGAUGCCGUGCAGAGCCGCGACGACCUGCACUACCGGCGGAUCGCUCGGGGGCUGCGCCGGGCGCUGGGCAGGGGGGCAGACCCGGGCGAGAGCGCCAAGCUGCUGCGGGUGGAGGUGGGCGCCACAGAGGCCGACAGGGCCCAGCUGGAUGCCGAGGCGGCCCGCUGCAUCCAGGAGGCCUUCUUCGCCCUGCACAACGAGCAUGACUGCCUGUGCGAGUUCGUGCCCGACAACAUCAUCUCCAUGCAGCGCAUCGUCAACACGGUGCCCAUCACUAUCCGCCUGCUACUGCUCCAGCAGCGUGGUGGUGCUGCCCACCUCGCCCUCUCACCACGCCAGGCCACCGCCUGGGUUGUGCUGGCCAACCAGUGGCCGUGCCGCCUCAGUUGGCUGCUACAGUGCCUGGAGGAUCGGCGCCAGGCGGAGGGCCCGGCUGCCGGCGGGCCCGGCCGCCUGUGGGAUGUCUUCCGGGAGACGUGCGGGGAGCUGGCGGCCAUGACCAAGGCUAUCCAGAACGUCCUGGCCCUGGACGGCGACCCCGAGCUCUUCGAGCGCUUUCUGGACCUCGACUUCCCCUUCACGGUGCCCGAGGCUGAGCGCCUGCUGCGCUGCACCGUCAACCUGGACCACUCCAUCCGCGCCAAGCUGGGGCAGCUGCGGGGCGUUAAGGCCCUCAGGGCCCCGGCGCCCAACGGGCGGAAGCGUGAGCACUCCCGGCCAGACAGGGCCGAGUGGGAGCGGUACUCUGCCUUGGAGGGUCUGGGGGUCGGGGCAGCGAGAGUGCAGCCCGUCAACAGCCAACCCCCUCCCAAGUGGUACCCUGCUUUCAGUGUGUGCCGAGGCCGCCGGCCCCCGCCCCCGCUCCCCCCCCACCCCGGCCUGCGGUCCGGGGCCUCCACCCCGGGCCCCGGGCCCACCGUCGUCUUCGGCUGCGGCCUCACAGUUCCCUGA